AUGCUCGUCUUAAAGAAGAACACCGAGACAAACGCGCGCGGCAUUCCGCACCAAAUACUCCUCGACAAGCCGACAACAAGUCUCGGACGCAACUCGGCCGUUGCCGACGUCUACAUCGACAGUCGACGUCGUCCCUACAUGAUAAGUCGCGUACACGCACAACUAAAGCGAAACGAUGAGAGCGGAGUGUACACACUGAUUAGUCUCGGCAUGAACGGCGUGCUGGUGAACGGCAUUAAGACGGAGAGAGUCGCGUUGAAGGAAGGCGACGAGGUGGUUUUUGGCGGGAGCGGCGUUGAGACACGGAUUGGCGAGAGAGUGCAGUACCCGGAUUCUGAUCUUGUGUUUACCUUCAUGGCAACGCCAGUGGCUGAUAAUGAUGAGACAAGAGGUUUAGAUACGUUGUUGGAUCAGUCCACUAACUCCGGCAUAUUAACAAUGACUGGCGUGUCAUCUCAAGGUGAUAAUGAGUUACUGGACUUGUCACAAGUGUCACAGUCUGUGAUAGCAACAAAGGAGGACGAUCGAUCGUCUGUGGCUUGUGAUGCCAAAACCGUCGAGUCAACAGCAUCAAAGCAGCCGGAAGAAGCUUGUAGCUCAAAGUCCAAGCUCCUAGACGGUUUGAAUGAGGAGUUUGUGUGCUGUAUAUGUCGAGAACUUAUCUGCGUGGCCCACAGUCUGCCAUGUUCGCAUGCCUUUUGCAAAGACUGCAUAAAACAAUGGCUCAAGAAGUCUAAAGAGUGUCCAAAUUGCCGAUGUAAAGCGUCGUUUGAGAAAGCUAUACCCGUCAAGAUGAUAGACAAUGCUGUUGACCACGUGGCCGCCAACACUUUAUCAGAAGACGAGCUUAAAGAAAGAAAUGCGAGAAUCGAGCGUUUGUUACACGAAGACGGUCCAAAGCCAAAGAAGCAGAAAGUUGUUGUAAUACCGACACCAACACGAAUGACUACUCGACGAACACGGACAAGUGGUGACAUCAUCGUGAUAAGUUCGGACUCGGAGAGCAAUCAGGAAGAACGAGACGUCGACGAGAGUUUUGAGCAGCCAGACAGGGAUGAUGAGGAUUACUCAGCUCAUUACGGUGUGGAACAUUCUCGGAGUAACAGAGCACGAUGCAGAGUUUGUUGGCUACCGAUCCCACUGAAUGACCUUCGAUGGUUUCGUUCUGGUCGCAUAGCCGGGACACUCUAUGACUACACUCACUACUAUCACUUUGGCUGCUACCAUCCUCCUUCACACAUAACAUUUGAUCAGGUGAGUGUGUUUGGUUUGAGUCGUGAUGAAAAGAAUUAUGUGAGAGAGAAGUUUUAUUGACUACUAAAUUGUUAGUGAAGAUAGUUAUAAGGUAAAGAGCAACACUAAGGUUAAUGUAUUGAGGAUGGAAUGAUGUUUGUGUUUGUGUGCGGCAUCUUGAACGGCUGUGUUGGAUUUUGUUUAUGUGA